AUGUUGUUAGGAGCACUCAAAAUGAUUUUCAUUCUCAGAAACAUUUGGCCGCCUGGCCCGUCAAUUGAUGCCAUUCGUAUCAACACGCGAAUUGAAGGUAUUCUCUGCUUGCGCUGUCGAGUAAGAAUGCCACUAUGGACGGCAAUCACCUCUUCGUUCAAAUCUUUUUCGACCAGGGCGCCAGGCGGAACACGAGUAUCAGAAACUUGGGAGAAUGCCACAUUAUUUCCUAGCAAUGGAUUCAAAGUUAUCGGUGCUGAUCAGUUGAUCGAAGAGGAGGAGUUGCCAGAUUAUCAAGCUGAUCGUUUCUACCCUGUUCGACUUGGUGAUGUGUUCCAGAACCGCUACCAAGCGGUAGCCAAGCUUGGUUUUGGCUCUUCAUCAACAUCGUGGCUAGCCCGCGACCUGAGAGACCAUCAAUAUGUCACGUUGAAGGUGAAUGUUCAUACCUCGUUGGUCCACCGAGAACUCCCGGUUUACAGUCAUAUUGCCAGCCGCAUGGUAGGUGACUUACACCGGGGACAAGGAAAUAUCCGGAGACUGCUGGAUUCUUUCGAAAUCGCUGGUGUAUACGGUAGACACCUUGUUCUUGUCUUUGAGGCCGCCCAAAUGAGUCUGCGCGACAUGAAGAUGGUAUUCCGCCAGGAAGGGUUUGAAGAAGACUUUGUUCGGGGAGCUAUAACCGAGCUUCUUCAGGCUUUGGACUUUCUGCAUACACAUGGGGAGGUCGUCCACACCGAUGUACACCCUGGCAAUUUGCUUCUGGGUGCCUACGAUAACCAACUUUUCCAAAAGUUUGAGGAAAAGGAAUUCGCAUCCCCAGUACCCCGCAAGCUAAUUUCAUCUGCUCGCACAAUCUAUCUCUCUCGCUUGAUGCGCCCCAAAGAAGGCCCAAUGCUGCUGUCUGAUUUCGGUGAGGCCAGGAUUGGCCCAGGCCCACACGGGGGUGAUAUAAUGCCCCUGGAGUAUCGAGCCCCGGAAACAUUGCUCUAUAUAGGUUGGAGCUACCCAGUCGAUAUUUGGAGUGUUGGCCUUGCGGCUUGGGAUCUUAUAGAGCCAAGAAAACUGUUUACAGCACGCGAUGAUGAUGGCGACCUCUAUGAUGCUGCUCACCUCGCCCAGCUGAUUGCCGCAUUGGGCCCACCCCCUCCUGAUUAUCUAGCUAAGAAUUCGGAGAGGAGAGCCGAGUUUUGGGAUGAACAGGGAAAUUGGCUGGGCCUCGCGCCCAUUCCACAUGGCAGGACAAUGGAAGCACUGGAAACUCGACUGGAAAAUAAAUCGGACUUCCUUCGAUUUAUUAGAAGAGCUUUAACUUGGAUACCAGGGGAAAGAGCAACUGCCAAAGAGCUCUUGCAGGACCCUUGGUUAACAGGUGAGGUCCCCCGAAACUAA